AUGAGUAUUGUCGGGCACGAGUCUGUGAAAGUGGUGGAUGACGAGAACAGAAGACAAAAGCACAAGCUCAAGAAGCUCAAAGUGCAACCAUCCGAUAGUUUCCUGGACAACAACAGUGGUUUCAUCCCACCAUCCAAGCUGGCCAAGAUGAACAAGACGAAGCAGGGCCAGAAACUUCACAGCUCGGACUCGUCGAUUGUCUCCAGCACCCGAUCACAACGAACAACCGCCACCCGAACAGGGUCCGGCAGCAGCAGCAACAGCAGCAGUAUGAGAAGCAGCACGGGCAGUUACAAGAUGCCGGUGCGCCACCACUGCAAACACGGCCAUGAUGACUGCGGCCGAUGCCGUCGUACGUGUGAAGAUGAAGUGGCACCUCGACGACCCAGAAGAGUGAUUGGAGUCAAGCCACCACGAUGUGACACGGCAGGAGAUGGUCUCUUUCGCAGCAAAUCUGGAGGCAAAAUGUUGGGUCGCUCCUAUACUCGAUGA